UCGUUGAGUCAGUUCUUAGAGUUCUGCGGGCUGCCCUGUGUUUUCUCGGUCUCCGAGAUUUUGGGGAGGGGGUUUCCUCAAAGCUACUUUUGGCCCGAGACAGAAAGGCUUUCUUUCUCUUGGGAAGUCUCUUUGCUUUAGCGAGAAGCCUUACAUUUUCUAUCUUUUCUACUUUUUAAAAGUUAGUAAAGGCUGAUUUUGGAGAAGGGGCUCUUAGACUUCUUAGAACAAAAUUGGCAAGCCCGUAAGCCAACAAACUCGCGCAGACCAGGGAGAACGAAAUAUUCUCCACUUAACCAAAAAGGUUUGACACUCGAGAGAGACCCAUUCGUUGUCUCCCUUGUCCGAGAAAACCAAGCCCCAGCUAUGGUGAUGUUCAAGAAAACCAAGUCUUUCGAGGUGGUCUUCAGCGACCCCGACAAGGUCUACUGCAGUGGGGAGAAGGUGGCCGGCCGGGUGGAGGUGGAGGUGUGCGAGGUGACCCGGGUCAAGGCCGUGAGGAUCCUGGCUUUCGGAGUGGCCAAAGUCCUGUGGCUGCAGGGCUCCCAGCAGUGCAAGCAGGUGUUGGAGUACCUGCGUUACGAGGACACGCUCCUCCUGGAAGACCAGCCCCCAGCUAAUGAUGAGUCUGUGAUUCUGAGACCUGGAAACAAGUAUGUGUACAAGUUUGGCUUUGAACUUCCUCAAGGGCCUCUGGGAACCUCAUUCAAGGGGAAGUAUGGCUCCGUAGACUAUUGGGUAAAGGCUUUCCUAGACCGCCCCAGACAGCCAACUCAAGAAACCAAGAAGCACUUUGAGGUGAUGGACCUAGUAGAUGUCAACACUCCUGAUUUGAUGGCACCUGUGUCUGCUAAGAAGGAGGAAAAAGUUUCUUGCCUGUUUAUUCCUGAUGGGAAGGUAUCUGUCUCUGCCCGGAUUGACCGCAAAGGAUUUUGCGAAGGUGAUGAAAUCUCCAUCAAUGCUGACUUUGAGAACACGUGUUCCCGAAUUGUUGUGCCCAAGGCUGCUAUUGUUGCCCGCCACACUUACCUUGCCAAUGGCCAGACCAAGGUGUUGACCCAAAAGCUGUCUUCUGUUCGAGGCAACCAUAUCAUUUCUGGCACCUGCGAAUCAUGGCGUGGCAAAAGCCUUCGUGUACAGAAGAUUAAACCCUCCAUCCUCGGCUGCAACAUCCUUCGUGUUGAAUACUCAUUAUUGAUCUAUGUCAGUGUCCCUGGAUCUAAGAAAGUCAUCCUUGACCUGCCUCUAGUCAUUGGCAGCAAGUCAGGACUCAGUAGUCGGACAUCCAGCAUGGCUAGCCGAACCAGCUCUGAAAUGAGUUGGGUGGAUCUAAAUAUCCCUGACACCCCAGAAGCACCUCCUUGCUACAUGGAUAUUAUUCCUGAAGAUCACAGGCUAGAGAGCCCUACCACUCCUCUCCUUGAUGAUAGCUCUCUGGACAGCCCCAUCUUUAUGUAUGCAUCCGAGUUCAAGUUUAUGCCUCCACCCACUUACACUGAGGUGGAUCCCUGUAUUGUCAACAACAACGUGCAAUGAAUGUACCAAAGAAGAGAAGCAGCUGUUUAUCUACCUGUUUCUUUCUGUCUCUCCUGGACUGCUUUUUCAGCGGCAUGACCAGUCUCCGCCCACCAUUGGGGAUGGGUUCACUUUAACCUCUGUCUCCCUUAUGUUAGGAGAUCAGCAGGCAGUCAUCUCCUAAAACGGAUGCCAAAGUGCAUCCACUCUCUCAGCCAGUCUUGCUGUUGUGUCCUAGAAGGUGUUUGCUGGUUUGUGGGAGGUUUGGACUCUGUUGUGACCUGUUUCCUCAGAAUUCUCCUGUACUAUGAGGGGUUUUCAGUAGUUUGGAUCAGGGUUGGGAUGGCCUCUAGAUUGGUCUUCCCAGGAACUCUGGGGAGGGUGGGGUAUUGAUUACAAUCACAAAAAGUUGGCUUCUGGGAACCUGCUUUUGUGCCAUGCCAGGCAAAAGCGAUUGAAUAAUCUGGGAAAGAUUUUAUAGAAAUAAUGGCCAAAAUUUUGGUGGGAAGAGUCUUCCUGAAAUCAGUGUAGCCCUUCCCACGUAUCCACUGUAAUGUAUGUUUAAAGGUGCUCCCUGUUCUGGUAGAAAUAUUUCCUGAUGAGAAAGGGAAGUGAUCUACACUAUACUUCUCAGAUGACACAUUAUCCUUGUUUCAAUGCAAAGGCAAACAGACCCCUUGAGGAGGGAGGCUGGUGAAAGCCUGUGGCUAAGCACUUUGUUCUUCCUCUUAUGAGGUUUUCUUAAGAAUUUGGAUUCAGUGUUGGUAAGAGGGGGAGAGCACAAAAUAUCUUCAAAACUCCCUUCGAGUUCAUUCUGAAGUAUUGUUCUUAGCACUUUUAUUAUCUUGUUUUCUGUUGGGAAUUUUCCUCCUAGUCCCUAAGCAUUCAACUAAAAUGGUCUGCUGGGGUGUGUAAGGGAAAAUUAAUGAUAACAAUAAAAUGAUGAUUCUUGUUAUUACCAGUAGCUUCCUGAGGGCAGACUGAAUAAUACUGAUAAUGGUAGUUAUUAGGGAGGGUCCUUCCAGUUCCAGCACAGCAAACUGAAAAAAGAGACUACCAAAAACACUCCAAAGCUGGGAUCAUACUGCCAAAUAACCUCUUAGGAAGCAAAUCAGAAUCGGGCGGGUUUCCCACCUCUGAACACACUCCCAGUGUUGAGGAGUUUUGAACAACUUCUUUCUCCCCUUAGCCCUCGGCACUUAAUGAAUCAACCUAAGCAAUCGGCACUUUCUCUACUGUCUUGUGUCAAAGCACUGAGUCUCAUUCUUAUCUGUGAACUGUACAACUAGAAAAUGGACUGAAAGUGGUUUUGGUUUGGUUUUUUAAAAUAUGUAUCUUUUUGUAUGUUAAAAUUUAUA